CUGAAUUAUCUCACAUUAUUCAUUAUUCUGAAGGCGACCUGAUUUUAAUGAAAUACGCAUUUCUUCUAAGUUCUAUGGAAUGUACCUAAAGACACACUGACGUAAUCAUUUAUUCAUAAGAGGAAGAGUUUGUAAAAAUUGCAAUAUUCCACGAUCACUCUGCCUUGUGCACGCAGCGUUUGGAAAAUUUCCGCAAUCCAGUUGUUACUAAGUCGUUCAUUCAUGGCCUGCGUGAUUAUAGAUUGGUUUACUAAUGUUUUGUCCAACCAAAACACUUUCAGUGGACACGUGACUUUCAAUCAGCUGUUCAGAUGUAAACAAAGCUGGGAUGUACUAUUAGGGGGAAAACCAUGAAGAGACAGCAUACAUCUCUUCUUUAAAAAAAAAUGUCGGUUGGAUUCAUUGGUGCAGGGCGAAUGGCCCAGGCAUUGGGUCGGGGAUUUAUUUCUAAAGGCAUUGUGAAGCCACAGAAGAUGGUGGCCAGCGACACGUCACAAUCUGUCCUAGACGUCAUGAAGAAACAGGGCAUCGGGACCACCACCUGUAACGCUGAGGUGGUGGAGAGGAGUGACUUGGUGGUGCUGGCUGUGAAGCCCCACCUAGUGGCGGAUGUUCUACAGGAAAUAUCGGACUUCUUAACAAAGGAAAAGAUGUUUGUCUCCAUAGCAGCCGGCGUCCCGCUGGAAGUCUUAGAAUCGAAUUUACUCCUUGGUACUCGUGUAUUACGAGCCAUGCCCAACACGGCUUGUUUAGUACAUGCUGGAGCCACAGUGGUCGCCCCUGGGAAGUCAAUACAUAGUGGUGACACUUCUCUGGUGCAGACACUAUUUCAGACAGUGGGUGUGUGUUACGUUGGGACCGAGGACCAGUUGGACGCUGUGACUGGCCUGAGCGGAAGUGGACCGGCUUAUGCUUUUACUACUAUUGAAUCUCUGGCUGAUGGGGGAGUGAAAAUGGGACUUCCGCGAGAUAUGGCUACAAAGUUAGCAGCACAGACCCUAUUUGGUGCUGCAAAGAUGGUUCUUGAGUCAGGCAAGCACCCUGGUCAGUUGAAGGACGAGGUGUGCUCUCCAGGGGGCACCACAAUCACGGCAAUGCACGCGCUGGAGCGCGGGGGGUUCCGAGGGACUAUCAUAGACGCUGUGGAAGCCUCGGCUCUUAAGGCCAGGAAAAUGGGGGAGCUUGAACUUCAGAAACAGGAGGGAAGAACUCUUGAAAUCGAGCAGGAAGUAAGAAUGACAAAAAAGAUGGCGGAGAAAAACUGAGUAGAGAGGGUCGCCAAGAUGAGAUGCCAUCAGUUUCCAGGGUUGCGUUUUAGAGGUUGUGUGAAACAAUGGUCAGCAACUUUCUUCUACGCCAGCUGCCACGGACAUAAAAACACUUACGUCUAAGUUAUUGAUCGUUUUACAAUGCUUCUGAUGGAAGGGGCCUACUCAUCAAUCUGUAAAUCAAAACAGAGCAUGACAUUUGGAAUGAGCAAAGCCCACAGCCAGUACAUGUAUUAGAGAAAUAGUAUUCAUUAUGUGAUCUAUGAUUGUGUUCGCCAAAGACACGAUGGAUGUUCCAGUGCAGUUCUAAUGAAUCAAAGCAAUAGUUGUAUACAAUGUAUACAUAUAUGUAUAUGUCGAUGUUGUUCCAUUUCUUGAUAUAAAUGUUAUUGUACGAAUUAA